AAUUCAGUGACUUGUGAACCCUCCGCCAAGUAAUCGGAAGCGGAAACCCUCUGGGCUCUUACUUCUAGUAGUAAUAAAAAAAGUACAUAGUAAUAGUUAGUCAAAAAUGCCCAAUUCCUUAGCUGUUACGUAGAUCUCCUCCUCCGGUUCCACACCUAGUAGCCCGGCCCGGAGGCCCGAUCAGUAGUGUAGGAAAUAAAUAAACAGUACUAAGCAAUACAUCCACUCCUUAAAAGAAGGCUCUGACUCUGGUUUUUCCUUACCAGGAUUGUUAAACCACACAUAAGAGCGGUCAUCAAAUACAGAAUUUAGUGACAGCAGUUGUUGACAAUGGGAUUCAACAAAGUUUACAAGGUGUUGCUGGAAAUAUUUCCGGAGGUUGAUUCUCGAGCUUUAAGGGCUGUUGCAAUUGAGCACCAGAAAGAUGCUGAUUCAGCCGUUGAGGUAGUUCUAACUGAGGUCAUCCCUUUCCUGACAGAAAGAUCUAUGUUUACUACUAGCUUAUCCUGGGAGAGUGGAGCUAGACUUCAAUCACCUGAAGCCGGGGAAGUCUUUGCUAAUGGAAACUCUUCUGGACAUAAUGUUGUUGAGGAAGUGAGAUGUCCAGAUGAAGAGCAACAUGGCCCCUUUUAUGAUGCAAAAGAUGAACACGAUCAAACUUUUGAUGACACAUAUGACUUGAAUCUAGUUAGCAGACAUGAGAUAGUGACCUCAGCGAGAAAACGUGAUGAAAAAAGCAUAAGCAUAUCAAGUGGUGAUGAAAAAAGCAUAAGCAUAUCAAGUGGUGAUGAAAAAAGCAUAAGCAUAUCAAGUGGUGUUGAUAUGUCCUUUUCCGUUUCAGUGAUUCAUGGGAAUGGGGCCACUUCUGAUGGUGUUAAAAUAUCUGGAGACCAUGCAAGUGAAGAAACUCCUCCUCAAGAAAGCAGCUUCAGAGUUGGAUAUGAUCAAAUUUUGCAGCCAACAUUCAGACCACUGGAACAUGAGACUGUGGAGUCCAUUCAGAAGUUAAAUGAUUGUCUGCAUGCUGACUGCAAUAAUAGUCACUCUGAAAUGAACAUUCCUGUGGGGAAUUCUGUUGGUCUUCUUUCUCAGUCAAACUUUGAACCUGUAACUCGAACUUCUUCUGAAAGCACGAUUCAGUUGGUAGACAUACCUAUCAAUCACAUUACUAAUUUGGAGAAAGAACUUAAUGGUCCUAAAGAUGCUGCUACUAACACGGAGUCCUUCCAUGAAAUGGUUGAUGUUGAAGAACCUAUGUUGAAUACAGUGGUGACACGAUCUGGCCAAGUCUUUAGCAUUGAUCUUCUUGAAAAUAUUAUUGCAGAUGCAAGGAAUAAUAAGAAAACCCUGCUUUCAGCUAUGGAGACUGUCAUCAGUUUGAUGAUGGAGGUGGAAUUGCAAGAGAAAGCUGCUGAACAAGCAAAACAAGAUGCUGCUAAUGGUGGCUUAGAGAUGCUCAAGAGGGUGGAAGAUCUCAAACAAAUGCUGCAACAUGCCAAAGAAGCAAAUGACAUGCAUGCAGGAGAAGUAUACGGUGAGAAGGCCAUCUUGGCUACAGAAGUUAGAGAGCUUCAGUCUCGCCUGCUCUGCUUGUCUGAGGAAAGGGAUAAAAGUCUUGGAGUUCUCGAUGAGAUGCGUCACAGUUUGGAGAUGAGAUUAGCUGCAGCUGAGAAAGAGAGAAACAUGGCUGAGGAAGAAAAACUUGUAAAGGAAGAUAUUGCAUUGAAAGCACUAAAGAACCAGGAAGCUAUCAUGGAGAAGGUGGUGCGAGAGGCAAACAUCCUGAAGCAAGAAGCUGAAGAGAAUGCUAAGUUGAGGGAGUUCCUUGUGGAUCGGGGCCGGGCGGUGGAUGCAAUACAAGGAGAGAUAUCUGUUAUUUGCAAGGAUGUAAGACUGCUGAAAGAAAACUUUGAUGAGCGUCUUCCACUUAGCAAAUCUCUAACUUCCAGCCAGAAAGGCUGCAUUUUAACUUCCUCAAUUUCAUCUUCAAAGAGUGUGACAUCUGAACAGGUGAAUCGGGUCCAUGACCAUGAUUCAUCAGAGACCACAGAGAAAACAGAUCUGACGCACUUCUUUAGUGAGCCGGAAUUUAUUCGAGAGGAAUUGGCUGCAGCAGAUGAUGAGAAGGAACUCGCAGAUGAGGGAUGGGAAAUUUUUGACAACCGUGAUGCUUAUAUGUAAAUUCUGAGUAAAAUGUUGGUGGAGGUUGCCUCAAGGAGACGAUUUGAGUUCUGUGGCUGUAUAUUUAACUUCAGCGUCUGUUUUAAUCUGAAAUAAGUUUCUGGAUAUAAUACUAGAGCAUCCAACCUUGCUGUCCUAGUGCUAGUAUUUUAUAAUCUUGAAUUGGAUCCGGAUAUCUGUCCGUGACUUCCAAAUUCCAAUGUGUACAGUUCGUGUAUAUAAACGAAUAUUUGGCUGAUGAUUUUGUGGUAGCUCUCACGCAGUCGAGAUCAUAAUUAGCACAUUGAUCAACAAA